AAACUCGGACGCGCGGGUUGACCAGAGCAUCCAGACCACCCACUCCUUCAAAGCCCCCAUCGGCCGCCACUCUAUUACGUUUACCUUACUGGCAUCAUUCCAAAGUCCCCAUCACCAUAACCCCAUUCCUGAUAUCGAUGCGAUUCUCAAUCCUUAGUUUUUAGAAUUUGGUAACUUUGAUCUUAAUUUCUCUCAUGUUCUCUGCAUUCAUCUCUUCCUUCUCCGACGAUCAUAUUCUCUGCGGAACCGCUUCUAAUCGUUCCUCCGGCGAAAUCGUCGACAACAUUCGGAGAGUCAUGUGGGUUCUAUCGGAAUUAGUCCGAUCUCAAUCCUUGGGAGGCUUCUCAACUCUCAAACCACCGUUCAAAGUCUUCGGAUAUGGGCACUGUUAUGGACAUCUCUUCGGCAAGGAUUGCGACCUAUAUUUCAAUGAUGCAUCAACAAAGCUCCAAACUUGCCUUCCUGCCGCCUCCGAUCGAGUCUACCUCGACGGUUGCUUCCACCGAUAUGACACUCACAGUUUCUACCGCAAAACCCUUGUCGACGACGCUGUUGUGCAGCCAUGGCAAUGAACAGCGGACUGAAAUCAGCCUCCUAUUUACUGACCUCUUCCCAAUCGCUUUUGUUGAAAUCAGGUUAGUUCUUGUUUUUGGAGAUUUGGGCUUCCUUUCCCUCUUGAUUUUGUUCUUUUGGCGGAGAAAAUAUUGAUAUAACGGUAUGCAUAUAUCGGGUGCUUUUGGUUGUUUGGUUGCUUCAGCUUGUGUUAUGAUUUGGGUAGAUCUAAUUGAAGGUAUUAUAUUUGUUGAUAAUUUUUUUCUCCGAUCAUGGUUGCUCUUGCUUUUCUAGAUGCUAGUUGCGUGUCUUGUGUUCUUCAAUUUUUGAGAAUUUUUGUCGUUUAGACCUUAGAUUGAAAUGAAAUAUAUUGUUUUGGGAUAUCUUAAAAAUAAUGAGGGUAGUGUAUGGUCCACACUGUCCUUUCGUUCUCUAAAAUAUCAUAGGCAUUUGUUUGUGAGAUGAUUGUAAUUUCUUUUAGUUUAAAGGCAUUUUGAUUGGUAUGACUUUGUGAGAGGAUGGCAAUUCUUUGUUAGAGAGUUGGGUUGUAAUUUAGUUUGGAGGGCAUUUAGUUGGUAAAUUUUGUAAUUAUCUUUUUAUUCUCAGCUCUAUCUCUGGCCAUUAACUUCAUCAUUGAUGGCUCCCAAACAUUUCAUCAUGCUGAGCUUUGAUCUUAUGCCAAUUUUUCUUUUUUUUUUUGCUUGUUUUAUUUUUGCCUUCAAAUUUAGGGAAGUGAUUGUCUAGAGUCAGUUGUAAUAAUAUACAUUAUUUUUGAGA